AUGAAACCAUACACUACACUGCCAGGAGUGGCAGUGCUAGUGUCUCUGUUAACUCAGAGUGCACAUGCGGCCCCUUUCCCUUCCAGAGCUGAUGCGGGUGAACAGGAAAGUGCUGCAAGGCCACAGCCCAUCGUAUAUAAGCACGAGCGAGGGGUGAACAACGAGAUUCCAUACUUACCGCCUGAUCCCCAAGGACACCCUACUAUCGUCCCAUUUCCUACUCAUAUCUCUUACUUGACCUUCAAUUCACGGCCAGGUGCUAUUCACCCUCCAUAUCCUCAUCUAGAUAUUAGUGAGGCUGGCAUCAAGGCAGAAGAUUCUACUUGCUGGUACCGCAACAAGCCCUGUGAAGGUGUACCACAUAUCCCCAUUGUGAAAGGAUUUGACUCCAUAGAGAAGAGGUCUCCAGCACCACAACGACAUCCCCCAGCGCCUACCAAAGCGACAGCUGGGUAUCAGUUCGCCAACUGUACGAGUACUUCCAGCCCUGGGCCAACAGCAACAUCUCCAUCUUCAGGGAUUCCAAGCCAACCCAGCGCACCUCCAGCAACAAUGGCGGGCCAGGAUAUCUUCCAACCAAUUGCGAAGGACCCUAUUCCUGCCAACAUCAAGUCAAGGGAUGACCAUCCAGUUGAGGCUAACCACAUUGAAAAUCCCACUGGUCCAAUCUCAACCAACAAAUUUUACGCAAAUUUCUUCCUUGGUAACCAGACCUCUACUACUUUUACUCAUCCAUACACUAUGAUUUGGGCAAAAGGAGACAAGAACGCAUCUAGCUUCGGCAUGGCCAUAUCCCAUGUUGAACCGUCUCAAAGGGCUAAUGGGGAGCCUAACAAUAAACUCCCGGGAAAUCCCGUCAGGUAUUACAUCAACCCUGUUGGUAUCAAGUCUAUCGUUCUCUCAGCGUCUGAGCUCAAGGAAUCAACCACCAUGUCUGUGGCCAAGCCUCAAGCUUUCUCUGCACAGGCCAUCCUUCGUCCAACGGGAGGAGCCAGUGAAAGUAUCACCUUCCCGUUGGUCCAGGGUAUGGGUUUCAUCACUGCCAUCUACAAUAACUUGCAGCCUGCAAUUCAGUCAGCUGUCCUUUUCCGAAAAGUUGAACCAGCUGGAUCUCCCCAGGGCGGUAUCUUCAAGUACAAGAUUACUUUGGAAGACGACAAGAACUGGCUCCUUUACGUUACUCCCGAAAACGGCGCUGACCCCAAGAUGAAGCUUGAGAACAACAAGCUCAUCAGUGGACCUACUGGCUUCAAGGGUGUUAUCCAGGUAGCUAAGAACCCCUCUGCUGAAGAAGGCGAGGGUAUCUACGACAAAUCCGCAGGAUCUUAUCCUACUGAUAUCAAAAUUUCCGGCUCCGUCGGCACUGAUGGAACAGGUACCUAUAAGUUUUCUUUUGAAAAGGCAGGAAAGGGUGCUCCUCUUGUUAUGUACGCUCUUCCACACCAUGUUGAGUCUUUUGACGAUGCGACCAAGAACACCAAGAAAAACAUGAAGCUUAGCACUACCACCAAGGGUAUGGCCACAGCUUGUGUUGGAGAUUCAUGGACGAUGGUAGAGGGUAACCUUCCUCUGUCGAUGGACUUUGCACCAUGGAAGCCCGGCUCAGCCUCACAAGUUACCCUUUCUGAGGGUGCAAAGAACGCUAUCAAAGCUGUUGCUGGAAACGAGUUGUCGCAAGACAUGGAACCGCAGACAAACCUAAACAGCAUGUACUUCAGCGGUAAGGGAUUGAACAAGUUCGCCGGCGCCAUCUACACCGUUCAGGAGCUUGUGGGAGACAAGGCUGCUGCUUCAGGCCCUCUAAACAGCUUGAAGGAGUCCUUUAAGCGUUUUGUUGACAAUAAGCAGCAAAUUCCCCUUGUCUAUGAUAACGUUUGGAAGGGUGUUGUCUCCUCUGGUACCUAUGAGAAGGGUGAUACAGGUCUUGACUUUGGAAACACCCUCUACAACGACCACCACUUCCACUACGGUUACUUCAUUCUUACUGCUGCUAUCCUUGGAAAACUGGAUCCUGCUUGGCUGGAUGCUAACAAGGUAUACGUUAACAUGCUCGUCCGAGACUCUGGAAAUUCUGUCGACAAUGAUGAGCAUUUCCCCUUCUCUCGUGCCUUCGACUGGUACCACGGCCACUCUUGGGCUAAGGGUCUCUUCGAGUCCUCCGACGGUAAAGACCAGGAAUCCACUUCCGAAGAUACCAUGUACGCAUACGCCAUCAAGAUGUGGGGAAAGACCAGCGGUGACAAGAGCAUGGAGGCUCGAGGAAACUUGAUGCUUGGAAUCCUUGCCAGGACCUUGAACAACUACUUCUUAAUGAAGAACGACAACGUCAACCAGCCUAAAAAUUUUAUUGGCAACAAGGUUACCGGAAUCUUGUUUGAGAACAAGAUUGAUCACACCACUUACUUCGGUGCCAAUCUCGAAUACAUUCAAGGCAUUCAUAUGCUUCCACUUCUGCCAAACUCUGCCUAUACUCGAAGCGCAGAAUUCGUCAAAGAAGAGUGGGAAGCCAUGUUUGCUUCUGGCGCAGCCGCUCCCGCCGAAAAAGUCACUGGUGGUUGGAAGGGUGUCCUCUAUGCCAACUUGGCUAUCAUAGACCCCGAAGCCUCCUGGAAAUACUUUUCCCAGCCCAGCUUGGAUCUCUCCUCGAUUGACGGUGGUGCCAGCCGUAUCUGGUACCUUGCAUAUGCUGCCGGUGAGUAUUCUACCUACGUUGCUUUAUGA